AUGUCGCGGUCAGUGCCUCGUCUUAUCCUUAUCCGCCAUGGCGAGACUGAGUGGUCUCUUAACGGCCGCCAUACUGGUCGCUCAGACAUACCCCUGACACAGCAUGGCGAAGAACACACGAGAGAGAUGGCACAGGUGCUUGUUGGACAAGGCAAAGUUAUUGACCCCAGCAACAUUUGCACUGUUUUUGUUUCCCCAAGAGUUCGCGCUCAUCGCACAUUCCAUCUGACGUUCGACCAUCUUCCGACCACACCAUCUCACGUCAUCACAGAGGAAGUGAGAGAAUGGGACUACGGAGAUUACGAAGGUCUCAAGCCGGCAGAAAUACACGAGCGUAAUCCCACAUGGGAAAUAUGGAAGGACGGAUGUCCAGGUGGUGAAAGCACAGAAGAGAUGUGUCAUCGGGUAGAUACUGUCAUUGACAAAGUUAAAGCACAUCACAAGGCCUGGUUUGACAAGGGUGUGGGCUGUCGCGAUGUUGUCAUUAUUGCUCACGGGCACUUCAAUCGCUGCCUCAUAGCUCGUUGGAUCAAUUUCCCUCUGCGCCUAGGAACCCAUUUUAAUGUCGAACCCUCGGGGGUUGCCAUUCUGAGUUACAACCACCGUAAUUUGGCAGAGCCAGCGUUGAAUGGUCUUAACCUGUACGCCCCGCCAAAGUAG